AUGACAUUAAAAGUAGAAAAGGAAUUUGGCCCGAGUGAAACGAAACGUAUAGUGAAGAAUGUGGUCAUCAUCAGUUUGGCGUUUAUGGUGCACUUCACGGCGUAUGGUGGUGCUGCAAAUCUCCAAAGCUCCAUAAACGCCGAAGAGGGUCUUGGAAUGAGUUCGCUGGCGGCUGUCUACGCGGGAUUCAUUUUAUCCAAUAUAUUCCUACCAACGGCAGUAAUAAAGUGGAUAGGCACAAAAUGGGCGAUAUCUCUCUCGUUUGUGGCCUAUAUGCCGUUUAUAGCUGCACAAUUAUGGCCGUCAUUCUACACUAUGAUACCAGCAGGGCUGUGUGUCGGUCUUGGAGGCGGACCCCUUUGGUGUGCGAAGUCUACCUAUUUGUCUGUGGUAUCUGAGGUUCACAGCAAGUUAUCAAAUAUAACAGCGGAAGCGUUGUUGACGCGAUUCCUUGGUCUAUUCUUCAUGAUAUUCCAGUUAAAUCAAGUUUGGGGAAAUCUUAUAUCGUCGCUUGUAUUAUCCUCGGGCGAUAAUCAAGCUGCUGUGACCGCGAUCAACGCGACCAUGAUCCCAGAAAUCUGUGGAGCGAACUUCUUGGCCAGCGCUGAUGCUGCAGAUACCUUACAGCGACAGCCUUAUGAAAAAUCCAGCUUUUAUCUGAAAGGGGAUUCCCAUAAAACUUUGCCGUACAUACUACGCAUGCGUCAAGACUGUCAAGCAUGCCGUACAGACUGCACAUCAAAGAUCACUGAUCAGCCUGGGGAUUAUGUACUCAAAUAUUGGAGAGAUAGAUAUAUCCAUCUCUUGUCACAAAUUUACGACACUGGUCGCGCUUCCAAAGUAAUGGGAGGUGGUGAAAUGCUCAUGGCAACCCUCAAGCUAUUAGUGGAGCCCAAGCAGAUUAUGCUGAUAACCAUCAUGGUCUUCACCGGAUUACAGCAGGCUUUUUUCGGAGCUGAUUUUACAGCGUCAUUCGUGUCAUGCGCAGUCGGAACUGGAACAGUUGGCUAUGUGAUGCUGACCUUCGGUGUUUCUGAUGUUAUAGGAUGCUUUGUUACUGGGUAUAUCGCAAAGAUAUCAGGACGGCUACCUCUGAUCUGCGCAGCUACUGUGAUUCAUAUGUCUCUUGUGGCCACAAUACUGCUGUGGAAGCCUCAAGCGAAUAUGAGCUACGUGAUGUACAUCAUCGCGGUACUGUGGGGAAUCUGUGAUUCCAUCUGGCUGGUCCAGGUUUAUGCAUUCGUUGGAAUCCUUUUCCCCGGCAGAGAAGAAGCUGCCUUUUCAAACGCCCACCUCUGGUCAUCUGUCGGCUUUAUCAUAGCCUACGUGAUUUCGCCCCAUCUCCGUACAAGUUCCAAAGCCUAUGUCCUUGGAACCACAAUGCUUGUCGGCGUCUUUCUAUACUUCAUAGUGGAAUUCCAAGUGAAGAAGGAAAGAGAACAGAAAAAAACUAAAGAGCCUGUUAAUGGUUUAGAUAAUACGGCGUUCACUAUUUCAGAAUAA